AUGGCUGAUAUCAGUACCAUGACUCCUCCCAGGCUCCGGCCUAGCACACCAGGCGCCUUUUCAACGCCUAGUACCAUCCGUAGUGACACUUCAAAUGCACGUACACCCGCCACUCCCACAACAGGUGCGACGCGCAACGACUCUACUUCGUCUGCUGAAACUAUACGGUCCUCAGUCGUGGGCUGUGCCAGCCCAGCCACUCCUACACCGAACCGCGCUCGAGCAGGCACUGCUUGUCUUGGUCCUUGUACACUGUCCCCUCAUGGGAGAGUAAAAAGUGUAAUUGACCUCACCAGAUCCACUCCUUAUCCGAUCCCCUCGCCCAUCACUGUCAACGGCCAGAUGGUAACGGGCGGGAACUUGACAGCACAGAUGGCGCAAGCCUUUGCCACUACUGGUCGUGCACAGCCUCGCUCGGGGUCGUUUAGACCUGCUACCCCUGCUGCGGCUGCUAGAGGAGAGAGUGUUACGCCUACUCCUGUUUCGGUCAACAUUGCUGCAGCAGGCGCAGAUGGGGUUAGGGUGAAGACGGAAGAAGGUGUGGUGGUUAAGGCUGAGAGCACGACCCCUUCGCUUAGCGACGGAGCGAUAGGUCCUCCUACCACGACGCCCAUCAGACCUGGAACUCCGAUCGUCAGCCGUAAAACUCCAGCUCCUUUUGUUAGGGCUAGUCGCACCAUUCCUCGCUCUACACCUUCUCCUUCGACGCCGCGCAUCACUCACACGCAGAUUCACAGCACCCCAGCUCCUCCUGCUAGGGCUACGAGCAUGGCUCCGCGCUUACCUACUCCAGCUCCGCGCUCAGCUACGCCAGCAACCAUGCCUCGCACUAGGCUCCCCUCCCGCCCACCUGCAAUUGCCCCCACGACGACGCGCAACCUUGCACUUUCAGCACGAACCCCAACCCCAGCUCCGCGCUUCAACUUGCUAUCCAACCGUGGUCGAGCUCAAGGUGUUAUGCCUUAUGAUGCAGCUUAUCGUCGCCAUACGAUGAGACAGGAUGUUGGCUUGGGUGUAGGUGGAGGAAGAGGUAUAGUUACACGUGAUGUUGAAGCGGAUGUGGUUAUGGUUGAUGCUUUUACCCCUGUUCCCACUGGAUCGACUUCUAUCGCUUCUUCUCCUGGCCGUGCCGCGAGCAAGGCCGUUGCUACUGCCUCCGCUUCUACUGCAAGCAGCGCCCUCAACACUCGAACAAACGUCACACGCGCUCCCUCACCUAGCUCGACUAUCGGUUCUUCAGAUGAAGAAGAGGGAGAAAUAGUCGUACUGGCCACGCAAUCAGCGGCGAUGCAACCUCAAAAUAAAAGCAAAAAGAAGCAGAAGAAGCCCAAGAAGCAAGCCGAACCACUUACACCCACGGCCACUCCUUCUUUCCUUAUCGGUACUUCGCCCGUUCAGCAGGGAGUUGUGAAGUAA